GAUCAAUAAAAAGAGACUAGAAACAUAGAAUCUAACAGUGUCAGUGACUAACUCAACAGCCAUUGGAACUCUUUUAACAAAAUGGAUACGCGCGAAAAAUGUUUAUUGUUGAUCUUGUUUGCAUUUGGGUAUCUAAGUUCAGUAAACUCUCAGACACCUCUUAGAGUGACGUCUGUGCUUGAAAUACCGUAUUUGAUGAAAGAUGCAGACGGUGAGUUUUCCGGUAUUAUACCAGAUGUUCUGGACAGUCUUAAACUAAAUUACACCAUCUCUUUAACCCCUGAUGGUCAGUAUGGCAAGCAAUUAACCAAUGGCACAUGGCUGGGCAUGAUAGGGGAAUUGGUGAACGGGGAUGCGGACAUUGCAGGUUUCCUUACAGUAACCGCACCAAGGUCUGAAGCUGUAGAUUUCUCCUAUCCUGUCAUGCCUAUAGGGCUAUCAAUCUUGAUGAAAAAACCUAGAGGUGGGAAAGUUGCACUCGAUUAUAAUCUUGCCAGGCUGUUAUACCCAUUCGAGUUGUCUGUCUGGUUGAUGGCAUUUGUGGCCAUGUUCGUGACUGGAACUGUGUUGUACAUCAUGAUGCAUUUUAAUCCAUAUGAAUGGAGAAGAAUGGCACGUGAUCACGAGGCAACCAUAAGAGAAGGAGAGUCAUUUACGUGUCUCAAUUCUUUCUUCUUUGUUUUUAGUACGCUGAUGUGGCAAGGUUACGUCCGAGCACCCCGCUCUAUUGGGGCUCGAGUUCUGGUAGCUGCAUGGUGGUGCUUCACAAUCCUCUUUAUCGUAUCAUAUACAGCCAACCUUACCAACCUCCUUCGUAUUGGACCAGACUACUUCGCCUCCCAAGAAUUUUCAAAGAUAAAAAGCUUUGAAGACCUGUCAAAAAACGCAGACACAAGGGUAGGAUUCAUAAAAAGCGGCUCCACAAACAGGUUCUUCCGCGAGUCUAAAUCGCCCUUUUAUCAAGAGCUGUAUCAAAGAGCAACCAAUGACCAAGAUUAUGAAGAUUUUGAUUCUAUACAACGUCUCGUGAUGAAUGUGCGGAAUAAUAAAGAAUCUGAUUUUGCUGCAAUAGUCGAGCGUCCUACAGCAAGGUUCAUAGCCAACAGAAAGCCAUGUGAUCUGUACGCGGUUCACGUGGAGGACUUUAUGUACAAGCAUUAUGCAUUUGCACUACAAAAGAACUCUUCCAUAGCGAGCCAUCUUAACACAGCAUUGAUUAAACUAACUGAAACCGGAGAAUUGCACGAGAUUGAAAAGAAAUGGUUUGACGAACGAGAUGAGUGUCCCGGAAAAUCCCAACCUGAUCGGGGAGAAAGUGUUCGGUUUUACAAACUCGGUUUAUCAACAUUUUCGUCGGCCAUGCUGAUCGUUGUAGCAGGAAUUAUAAUCGGGGGCAUAAUAUGCUUGAUAGAAAUUUGCAUCUUCAAAUGGGCAGAAUCGCGUGACAGUAAUGAAGAAACAGAACACAUCACUGCGGAUGAAGAGACCAUCAAAGCAGCCGAGGGGAAAGGGGCCGCGACACCGGUGUAGCAGAAGCAUUUAAUUAAGUUGUUUUUUAUUCUUUUGAAAUAUUAAUCAAAUCUGUUCUGUUUUUUUCUUGAACAGAUAUUUCAUAUAAUCGUGUGCAGCUAUUUAUAGUAAUGACUAGAUUUUUAAAAACGUUCUUCAUAUUAUUAAUGAAGACGGUGUGGUUUGUCUUUUUUACAUUUUUAUACGUUUAUCAUUCUAGCAUAUUGUAGACUUUGUAUUUCCAUAUUUAUAUAUGACUUUGAUAAUUGAUUGAGUGGAGUGAGAUAAUAAUUCUGAUUUAAAGCAUUUUAAUUACUUCAUGCAUUCCAUUACUGACAAAUAUUUUAAAUAUCAAUUAAAAUAAAUAACAAAGUAAAAUAAGCAAUGUGAGUUAAACCUUAAACCGCUGGGUUCCUACAAUUGACUUGUUCAGCUUCCAUUUGUGGAACUGUUCAUUAUACAAUGUAUAUUUAGGAAUGUAAAGAUGAAAAAUUAGCCAGCCCAAAAGUAUAUGACAUACAUUUGUAUAAGCUGUUCACUCUCUUCCAGCAGAGUUUAGCGUUAACUACAUGUAUUUAUUACGUAUGGAACCACAAAUAAUUUCAGUAAGUAACAGUAGCAUCUACAUGUACUCAAGCAUAAUUUCCUGCUACAAAUAUGAAUGUGUGGUAUAAAAAAGUUAUACUUGAAAUUAAAAUUUUCAAGGGAGUGCUUCAUAUAAAAUAACUUGUAUUGAUUUUUUUAAUAACUUUUCAAGUGUGUACAGUUUUCCAAAUAAGACUUCGUAGAAUAUUCCUAGAAGUAAAUUUAUAAAUCUAGUUGUAAUCAUUAUUUAUGCCCUGCUACCCUGAUCUGUUUCAAGCAGAAACAUAUUUAUAAUCUAUAUUUGUCUAUUGGUGCCUCUUGUUUUAGUUAUAAUUUUUGUCAUCAAAAAUAUUUGACAUACCUUAAAGUAGCAUACCCCCAGAUGUGUUCAUUUUUAAUUACUUAAAUAAAAAAAAAUAUAAAAAUGUGUUAAAUUGAUAGCAAGUGUACAAGUUUAGUGAUAUGAUCUACCUUUAGGCACUUAUCCAUAGAAAUUAUCUAUAUAUAAAUGUCAAAAUCUAUUUGAAUCCGUUGUGUCAAGUUUUUGCGCAAAGAAAAUAAAAACAACAAAACAUCCACCUGGUUUGAGAAUAUUUCUAAAUCAACCUUUUUCAUGAGUUUAAUCUUUUACCAUUUAUAAUGGUCAUCUGGUGAUGUUGCACUUUAAAUCAUGUUAGUUUUGUUCAUCAUAAACUGUUUUGUUUUUAUUUAAAGUGUUUUGUAAUAACUACAGGUAAUUUUCGUGUGUUUUGAUAUACUCUUAUAAAAGAACUUUUUUUUCAAAUUAUAUUUUAAAUGUCUUAUGUUCACAUACAUAAUAUGCGUAUUAAAACAUAUUCAGCAUAUCAAAUAUUCUGAAA